UACAGCUGUUGACAGCCGAUAUCGCUCAUAUGUGACGAACAUGGCGGAAUCCACGAAUAAUUUGGAAGAUGACCGACUCUCAUGUAAAAUCUUAAUUGUCGGUGCCGGUAUGGCCGGAUUGUCAGCGGCAACACAUUUGUUGAAGAACAGCGAGACGGAUUUUCUUAUUGUCGAGGCACGCGGACGUAUAGGUGGACGGGUUGUUGCCGCACAAAUUGGUAACGAAAAAGUUGAAUUAGGGGCAAACUGGAUUCAUGGUGUGUUAGGUAAUCCCAUAUUUGAGCUGGCGAUGGCAAAUGGUUUAAUAGACAUUGUACAUGUGCCGAAACCUCACAAAGUAGUGGCAGCACUGGAGGAUGGAAAACAAUUGCCAUUUCCUGUUUUACGAGAAAUUUAUGAGGCUUAUGUAUGCUUUUUGAGACGAUGCGAGGAAUAUUUUCUGAGUACAUAUAGUCCGCCUGAUGGUAUAACUAGUGUAGGGGCGCACAUCGCACUGGAAGCAGAGAUAUAUCUAUCGUCUUUGCCGCCAGAACAACGAAGAAUAAGACAAUUGAUUUUUAAUUGUCUACUUAAGAGAGAGACUUGCGUUACAGGCUGCGACAGCAUGGAUGAUGUAGAUCUUUUGGAAAUGGGCUCUUAUGAUGAGCUUCAAGGCGGCAAUAUCAGUCUUCCGAAUGGAUACAGCGCUAUAUUAGAACCAGUUUCGAAGCACAUACCAAAGAGUUGUAUUCUUACCAAGCAUGCGGUGACGAAGAUUAGGUGGCAGAAACAAAAGUGUUCCCAAGAUGGUGCAAAUCCUACGAUAAAAUCCGAUUCUAAAUCGAAUAAUCUUAUAGAAGUACAAUGUGAAAAUGGAAAGACGAUCACUGCGCAGCAUGUAAUAUGUACGUUACCGUUGGGCGUUUUAAAAAGGACAGCUCAGGAUUUGUUUGAACCGUCGUUACCUGCUCAUAAACUCGAUGCGAUAGACAGAUUGAUGUUCGGUACGGUGGAUAAGAUAUUUCUCGAAUACGAACGGCCUUUCCUGAAUCCCGGUGUAUCGGAAGUGAUGCUUCUUUGGGACGAUGAGCGGUUAUCUGAGGCGGAGAAGCGGGACAUCAGCAAGACUUGGUUUCGGAAGAUAUAUUCGUUCAUCAAGCUUUCGGACACGCUGCUGCUCGGUUGGAUAUCCGGUCGCGCGGCAGAGUAUAUGGAGAAACUGAGCACCACAGAAGUGGCAGACGUGUGUACGACAAUUCUCCGGCGAUUUCUCAACGAUCCCUUUGUGCCGGUUCCGAAGACCUGCUUGCGCACCACAUGGCAGGCACAGCCUUACACGCGAGGUUCUUACACCGCGAUGGCCGUCGGUGCGAGCCAGCUGGAUAUCAGGAGUUUGGCCGAGCCGCUAGUUCAAGAGAAGACAGAAGGCAAGACGGACGAAACUGCCAGAGUUUUGGUGGCAUUUGCCGGCGAACACACUCAUUCCUCAUUCUACAGCACGGUACACGGGGCGUACUUGACCGGUCGAACGGCAGCUGAAUUGCUACUCGGCAAGAAACAGAGCGAGAAGCAUACGUUGAGUCUUAGUUGCGAAGACACCAGCGAUCUCAGCUCAUGGAUACAAGGCAUUUCUUUGCAUUAAUGCACAAUUUUUUUUUUCUUUUU